GCAGAGUCUCGCGGCGGCCGGCUGCGGCGCCACCGGCCACGGGCCGAGCUCGACUCAUUUCGCUGCUCAGUGCACGCGCUGCCUUGCCGCCGUCAGCCUGUGUACCUGCGACACAAGUUACACUCCCGACACUACGUUUGACACUCACGUGAAAUCCAUCAAUAAACAAUACUAUACGCAAAAAAAAUUUGAAUGACCAUUAAAAAAUUUAUCGCGGGUUUUAGCCGACUCAUUAAUAAUUCAGAAGGUGCUUUUAUCUUUAUUAUUUGAAGUAACUUAACUUCUUCAAUAGUGCAUCGCAAGUGAAGUUAAUAUUUUUAACGGUACGGAGGGACGUCGCGAUCUGAAUUUAAAGGUGUUGCGCAAGAUUGGCGUGGCGCGAGGGUGUGAUGCGAGGAGCGCUGAACGGCGGGCGCCGGCGCCGCGAGUAGUUGCGACCAUGCGGGCGCCGCGCCGCUCCGCACACGCCGCCGCUGCCUGCCUGCUAGCGCUCGCCUUCACGCUCGUCGAUUCGGUGUCCGCAAACUCCGUUGUUAUUAUUGGUAAACGUGCUCCUUGCUCUAACGAAGGCGAGCUUGUACCCCUGCAAGACGCAAGACUCGUGCAAGAUUGGAGUAGCUGCUUCACUUGCAUCUGUAAGAACGGAUUUGUAGAGUGUCGAAACGGCGCAGAAGAGUGUGGACCGAUAGAGGACUGCGCUGUGGUAAUGCCACGCGAGGGUUGCUGUGCUCGCUGUAAGGGGUGCUGGUACAACGGCACUGAACAUGCUUCUCAUACGGAGUGGGGGGAUGAUGGCCGUGUGCUUCGCUGCGAAGCAGGCGUUGUCACCAUCUCGAAGCCAGAAUGCUAUGCGCCCUGCGAGCGACCAAAACAUCAGCGGCACACACAUUACAAUUGUCCUGUCUGUGAUGAAUGUAUAAUUAACGGACAACGAGUGCGGGAGGGGCGCGAUGUAAGGAUCCCUGAAGAGCCAUGUCUCUCUUGCCGGUGCGUGCGAGGUGCGCUGUCUUGUGCCAAGCGUGCGUGCCCCGUCCUGCCGUGCCAUUCCAGUCAGCAGUACACGCCGCCGGGAGAGUGCUGCCCGCGGUGUUCAGAUCCCACCUUUGAUAAAAUACUUCCUAGGAACACAAUUGCUAAACCGUGCAUUAUAGGCAAAGAGUUCCAUGCACAUCGUAGCAAAUUGCGCGUGGAUCCAUGCACAGACUGCACUUGCCUGAACGGGACCGCAGUAUGUUCGCGUCACACUUGUCCUGUACUGACAUGCGGUGCUAGAGCACUGCCACCAGCACCAGGAAAGUGUUGCCCUGAAUGUCCUCAAGUAGAAGAGGCAAAAGCCGCUUGUAUCAUUGGCGGUGCCGUGUAUCAGGAUGGCGAAACGUGGCAGUUAGAUGCAUGUAAAUCAUGUGAGUGCCACAGCGGGGAACCACGAUGUGCGAUGGAAAGAUGCCCUACUUUAAACUGUCGCCCGGAUCAGACGCUGCAGCAUUUAAGUGGUCAUUGCUGUCCUAAAUGCGUGGACGCUGAUGGGAUUUGCACAGUUUUCGGUGAUCCUCACUAUAAAACUUUCGAUGGAAAGUUUUAUAGUUUUCAGGGGUCAUGCAAGUAUCAACUAGUAUCCGAUUGCGUUAACAACACAUUUUCGAUAAGAAUAUCCAACGAUGCAAGAAAUACUUUACAUUCUUCGUGGACUCGUACAGCAACACUUCGAAUAGGUUCGACGAGAAUAAAUAUGGGCAGAAAGAUGCGAAUAAAAAUGAAUGGACGAAGAUUAAUAUUACCCUACAGGAUAGACGGUGUUGGAGAAAUAACUCGUACUAACGGAUCAGUGUUACUGAAAGCCGAUAUAGGAGUACAAAUUCUGUGGGACGGAGACGGUUUCUUAGAAGUGACUGUAUCUAGUAUUUACCGGGGCAAGUUGUGUGGUUUGUGCGGCAACUUCAACUCAUUGGCGAGAGAUGAUAUGCGAACUCGCGAUGGAAGACUAUUAAAUGAUACGUGGAAAUUUGGGAAGUCAUGGCGAGUAGGCGGGAAACACGCGUGCACGAGACUUCAAGAGCGGCCAAGCAGGCACUCUCGAUGUCAGCAGUCAAAGCCUGGGCCGCAAAGUGUAAAGGCACGCCGUCUCUGUCGGGGCUUCAAUCGGUACACCGCAUUUUCUGACUGUAGUGCAAAAGUGAAUCCGCAUAAUUAUCGGGAAGCAUGUGAAUUAGACGCUUGUAGUUGUACAGGUAUGAACUGUCACUGUGCUGCUUAUAGGGCAUAUGCUCGGGAGUGUGCACGUGUAGAUGCUGAGCCUCGGAAUUGGGAGCGGGAAGCGUGGUGUGCUGGCGAAAUCGCACCAUGGCUAAUCCGCGGCCGCAAGGCAUAUGGCCGUGUUGCGAAGGUGAAUGAAUCACUACCGAUAGGUGCGAUACCCAAACUGAACGGUAAUCGACCUCGACCACCGCCUCCUAUACUGCAUUGAGAAUUAUUGCAACAACAUCGCUACUAGUCAAACCUGCCAGUGUCGCGUGUAUGAGAGUAUUACAAGAAUGAACUGUUAAGCUGUAUGUAAGUCGCGUCGGAAAAUCAUAAACAGCUUUACUUGGAAGAAGAUCUAUCUACUACUUAACAGUAUUCAUGAGACUACUUCUAGUUAAGUAAACAAGUACAUAAUAAUAUUAAGAUCAACUUAAAGCUCAUUAUAUUAGGUACUGCCUCGCAAAUUUCAACCAGCAUCAUGUUUAAAUUAUACUUAAUUAAUUGCCUAUCCAAAGAUACGAGUGUGUAGAAAAUGUAACGUUCUAAUCAAGCACAAAGUACGUAUUUGUAGAUUUCUGGUACAUUGUCAGUAGGUUGUUAUUUUACUGAACAAAUUAGUUAUGUAAAUAAAAAUCUCGACUUUGUCUUAUAUAAUAAUGGUACUAAUUUUUAUGGCUUAUUAUGUUUCGUAAAUACACAUUAUAAGUAUUUCAUUGCAAACUUGGAUAUGUAAUCUCAUUAAAUUUCUGUUAUAAAAAUACGAGGACACCUUGAAAAAUGAACAUAAGUUUUAAAAAUAAUAUGACUGGAUUAAUUAACGUGUAUUUUGUCGAGCAUGCUUUACUAGUUUUGGGACCAACCAAAACUUAUUUUUGUAAUAAAAUUACUGGAAAUUUCACAUAUUAGUAAAAUGGUACCAACUAGAUUUACAGCUACCAGUAGAUAGUGAAAUAAUAAGUCUUUUUAAAAAAAAACCUAUUUGUAUUGAAAAGUAAAUUUCUUAAUAAUCUUUGUGUUGGUUGUAGUUUAAGUAACUGGCAGAUGUGCUUCGAGUUAAAUAAAUUACUAAUUUAUUUAUUACAUUCUAACGCUGAACGUUUCAAUAAAAUGUGAUAAUUAGCUUUGAACGAUAUUUCAGGCAGGAGAUGAACGUUUGGUUAAACAUAGUUCAAAUUGAGAUCUCAUCCGUAGGUAGUUCUUUAUGAAAACUUAGAUAAAUCUAGCUAUCCGAAGCCAAGAAGCUAAUGAAUUUGAUUGAAACACGGUAUGUACAUAAUACGUAACACAUUGAACAGUAAAUUUAGUUGUAACUUUAACUAAAGACUUGUUCUUAGUUUUUUAAUACGUUACCAAUGAAUUUUAAAUUUGACUUAAUAAUAUUAAAUAAUUUUAAUGAUUAUUAUAUACUAUUCAAUUGUAAUGCAUAUAAGUAAGCAUCGUCGGAAGAAACUUGAAUGGAGAAGUUAGAACUGAAUUAGAAUAUAAUGUAUAUUUUACCUAAUAGGUAUUUUGGCUGAGAAUGUUUUACUCAACCUUUUAUUUUUGUAAAAUAAUCUUAUUUAUAUUAGUAGAAAGUAUUUUAAUGUAUUGCGUCAUUGCGUCUUUUGAUAAUUUAUUUAUAUGAAGAAUGAAGAGAUCCUCUAAAUUUGUGUCAAAAAAUAUAUAAACUUCUCCAUUAUUAUUUUUAGUUAUAUAAAGAAAUUCUGAUAAAAUAUAUUCAUAUUGAGUAAUAUAAGUGCGAACUUAAUCAUGAUUUCCUGUACACAUAUUACUUCUAUAAAUAUGUGCUAAGUGCCAUUAAAUAUGGCUAAAUUGACAAAAUUGUGAUAAUGUAUGCUUUUAAUUGUCUGACCUUUUUAUUUAAUGUCCUAUCUGUACGAGUAUAAUUAGCUAUGUAUAAAUUUUCUCUCUCUCUCUCUUCGUCUCUCUCUUUCUCUCUAAUUAUAAUAAUAUUUUAAAAUUGACAUAUAAAUAGAUAUUGGUAUCUAGCAAUGUUUUUUAAACCUAAAUGUAUUCUUAUAAUUAUAAAAUACAUAUAGUGCUUAAAAUUUAAAAAUUGUUUUCACAUUUAAACAGCAUAUAUAUAUAUAUAUAUAUAUAUGUUUAUGUAUUAUAUUUGAAAAUAAUAAAUAGAUACAUGCAGUAGUUGGACGCAGCUAUCCUCGAGAAAGCCGCGUUUAAAUAACUGAUAAUGAAUUAUGAACUGUCGCUUAUAUUUGUUAAGUAUCCAUUCCUGUCUUUAUUUUUUAUCUACAUUAUUCUUAUUUUUAAGCAGGGCCUACGUUUUAUGUAGGCUUUUAAAUUAUUUGUGAGUUAUAUUUGGUAUUUAUAAGUAUUAAGUAAGUAAAUCGAAUUUUCAUUUUACUAUCUACCUAUAUAUUGUACUUAUCUGCAUAAUAAAGUACAAUGUUUUUGGAAGACUAUUAUUAUCAAUUUAUAUAUUGUAUUAAGUCUUUUGUUGUUAUUGUUAAAGCCUUAAUUUAACUUACGGGGUUUGUGAAAAAGUGUCAUAAAUCAUAUUUGAACAAACCACCAAAAAUUUGAUAAUCAAUGUUUAUAGGUAGGUAUUAUUUCAAAUGCCAUAUUAAUGAAAUAUUUAUUAAUGCAUAGAUCGAUCUAUGUAUCAUAUAAUUGUUGAAAUUAAAUUAGCAUGUAAGAAUGUCAUAACGUUAUAGUUCGCUUUAUGCCUUAAUGUUUGUAAAGUUAUUGGCCCAAUAGUUUACAAAGGUAAAUAUUGUAAACUAUUAAACGAAGAAAUAAUACAUAAUAAUAAAUAAUUAUAAAUAAAA